CUGUCGGGGGAGGUGGAGUGCAAGGUAGAGUGGCACACCCAGACAGUUCCCCAUGGCUUCAGAGGUGCAGAAGAGGAAGGGAUCAGAGACGGCCCCGGUGUCUUCCGAAAUGCAAGGCAAAAACAAGCCUCAAGAAAUGAUGCCUGUGCCCUCUGAUCUGCAGAACCAGAAGAAGGGUCAAGAAAUCCCCAAGUCACCUGUGGGGCUGCUGAGAAAGAGGGGUCAGGAAGUGGUCCCGAAGAUGCAGCCAGCUAUGAUGAUGUUCUCCAGCAAGUACUGGGCACGUCGGGGAUUAUCUUUGGAUUCAGCCAUGUUUAAUCAACAGCAUCUCGGCACCAGUAUGCUUCGCAGGACAUCGUUUAGUCGUAUAGAUGAGAAACCGGACAAAGAAGGAAGCUCCACUCUUGACUCUGGGAAAACAGCUGUGAUUUUCUCUCUGAAGAAUGAGGUGGGCUAUCUGGUGAGGGCCCUUCGGAUCUUUCAGGAGAAGCGUGUGAAUUUGGCCCACAUUGAGUCACGCAAAUCGAAGCGGGUCAACACAGAGGUGGAGAUCUACGCGGAGUGCAGCUGCACUAAGAAGGAGUUCAAUGAGCUGGUGCAACACCUUAAAGACCACGUCAACAUCAUCUCGUAUAACACACCUCAACAUGUGUGGUCUGCAGAGACCGACUGUUUGGACUGUGUUUGUGUUUUGGGUGGGCUACCAGAUGGGGAAGGAGUGCCCUGGUUUCCCCAGAAGAUCUCGGAGCUGGACCAGUGCUCUCACAGGGUGCUCAUGUACGGCUCGGAGCUGGACGCUGACCACCCAGGCUUUAAAGACAAUGUGUAUCGGCAGAGGAGGAAGUACUUUGUGGAGGUGGCGAUGAACUACAAAUUUGGCCAACCCAUCCCACGCAUUGAGUACACGCCAGAGGAGGUGAAGACCUGGGGAGUGGUGUUCCGGGAGCUGACUAAACUCUACCCCACCCACGCCUGCUGCGAGUACCUGAAAAACCUCCCACUGCUCACAAAGUAUUGUGGAUACCGAGAGGACAACAUCCCUCAGCUCGAAGAUGUGUCUCUGUUUCUAAGAGAGAGGUCAGGAUUCACGGUGCGACCUGUGGCAGGAUACCUGUCACCUAGAGACUUCCUGGCUGGACUGGCAUACCGAGUGUUUAACUGCACUCAAUAUGUGCGUCACAGCACUGAUCCGCUCUACACACCAGAGCCGGAUACCUGCCAUGAGCUCCUGGGUCAUGUGCCGCUCCUAGCGGAUCCGAAGUUUGCUCAGUUCUCGCAAGAAAUCGGCCUGGCCUCUCUAGGAGCUUCAGAUGAAGAUGUGCAAAAACUGGCUACAUGCUAUUUCUUCACCAUUGAGUUUGGCCUGUGCAAACAAGACGGCCAGCUGAGAGCCUAUGGAGCAGGGCUGCUGUCCUCCAUUGGAGAGCUAAGGCAUGCAUUAUCAGACAAAGCUUUGGUGAAGCCGUUUGAUCCCAGGACCACGUGCUACCAGGAGUGCCUCAUCACAACUUUCCAAGACGUUUACUUUGUGUCAGAAAGUUUUGAAGAGGCCAAAGAAAAGAUGAGAGAAUUUGCCAAAUCAAUCAAGAGGCCCUUCUCUGUCUACUACAACCCCUACACCCAGAGCAUUGACCUUCUAAAGGACACCAGAAGCAUUGAGAAUGUGGUGCAGGACCUCCGCUGUGACCUCACCACAGUCUGUGACGCCCUGGGAAAAAUGAACAAGUACCUCGGCAUCUAGAACUAUACGGAAUUUGUCUAAGUGAACACGUUUCAGAUGAAUUAUACAUCAAAUGCUUUGAGAUUUUCUGCUUUGAACUACAAACCAUGCUAAAGUCAUAUCACAUAUAAUAAACAUAACUACAAGUGGCUCGUGGUGCAUUGUUUGGCCUGGAACCAGAGGCAGAGGCCAGUCUCAUUGUCCUGUGUUCUAAUGCAUUUGCCAGCUUUUGUGACCAGGUUAUUCUAAUCAUUUUCACAGCAGCCAGUUACAGAUGCUGUAGGCUGCAUGUCAGUAUCCGUCUGUGGUUCUUAACUGUGAUUAGCUCAACAUAGGAUUCUGUAAUCCAAUUGGCAUUACAUCCAACUUCAUUAUGACUGGCAAACAGGAAGUCUGAAAUUGAUGACUCCAGACAGUAAGGCAGAAAUAUACCUGGUCCAGACUAAAUACAGCAUUCUCUGGUUAACAGAUGAGCUACACAGACAACCAUUAGGCUUCAACCAUAUGAACUCUGCUAUCGUGCACAGGAUGGAAUGAAUGCAGACACAUUAAUAUUGAAUCAUACAGAAAAACUUGAUUUCACAUUUAUUAUUGCAUUGAGUUAGUCUGCUUACACAUUAUUGACUUUGGGAAUGUGAGAAAACAAACAACAAAAAUACACUAUCCAGUAUACGUUUGUUGCAUUACCUCUCUGUGCCUAUCUAUGAGCUUGACAUAUGAAGAGUAUGUAUCUCUUAUGAAGAGUAAUCACACAUUAAUCUAUUUCAUUUAAGUUGCAGCACGUGGGCUAAGCUGAUUGUUAUUGUACAUGUAUUCUGCAUAAAUUAAUCAUGAUUUCCAAACUAGUGUGAAAUAUGCAUGGAUAAAUUAGCCAAGCAGCAGAGUGAAUGCCACAGUUCAUUUGUAGUGCUUGCUUUAUUUGUGCUUGCAGUCAUGGAUGUCUCCUAUUCUUGGUCAAUAAAGUAUUAUAUUUUAAGUGUUUUACGAGUGCCGUUGUCAAGUAAUUUGUGAUGAACACUCUUCCAAACCACACACACACCUUUGUCUUAUCAUUAACUAAUAAUUGUUUUUUGGCAGUUGUCUCUAAAUCUUAAGAUGUGGUGGAUAGCUAGUGUG